AUGUCUUCCUCGUCUUCUACUUCUUCUUCUUCUUCAUCGUCAUCAUCAUCAUCAUUAUCACCAUCUUCAUCUUCAACCCCUCAUGACACUUCAAAUGUUGCUCCUGAUAUCCCUGGCCCUAGUACGAGGAGGACCGCUGAAUUUGAAGGACCAUCUUCUUCUCGUCGACGUGCUAUGAAUGAGGUUUGGCCUGAGUUUGUUCUUGAAACAUUGGCACCUCGUGUUGCCAUUGAUGCUGCUAACUAUGAUGGUCGUCUUGCUGCAGCUUCUGCACUUGCCAUUAUGUUUCAGGUUUGUUCUACCUGGCGAGCGUUGUCGAGCUCGGAUCCCCUGUGGGAGUACCUCACCAGACAAAUCUGGCGCCGCACUUGUCGUUUGAGGCCCACGUGGCACCAAGAGUAUAUCUACUGGCAUCGGACGGCCAGGAACUUCACAACAGGAACAAACUCAUUUUUUAUCCCUCGAUUCGACCCUUCCGACGCCGGCGAUCACCACAUCUGCCGCUGCCUCACCCUCUCCGACCGCUACCUCGCCUGCGGCUUCUCCGACGGCACUGUCCGCCUAUUCGACCUAGACACCCGCGUCCACGUCAGCACUUUCCGAUCAAUCUACGUCCACCGCUUCGGCCCCUUCUCGCUGUCCGUCUCCGGCAUCGUCAUCACCAAUUCAGUUCUCACCUUCGCCAGGCUGGACGGCGACGUCUACGUGGCAAUCAUCAACGGGUCCACAACCACGCGCCGGGCCAUUGCUGGUGACGUGGUGAACAACGGCGUGUUGGUGGAGUUCGCCGGGUGCAGCCACUGGUGGGUGGGCCUGUUCGCGGGCCUUCCCGGCCGGGCUUUUCAGAUAUGGAACGCCCACACGGAACAGCGAGUGUUCGUUGGCGGUUCACUAACCGACCCGGAAACCGUUAUGGGGUGGCACAUGCUAACAGAGUUGGUUGAACCGGUGGGUAGAGUCCGCGUAACGGAACAGGAGUUUGUUGUAGCGUGCACGAGUUCGAGGCUGGUUUGUUUCUACCUGUGGAACCCCGAGGUUUUGUUGCGUGAUGUGGGGUCCACAACAGGGUUCGUGGUGACCUCUUUAGACGUGAGCCACGAGGCGUUUGGUAUAGUGGAGAGAAACGGCGUGGGAACGGUGCGACGCGCCAGCACGUUGGAACGGCUCAGCAGGUUUCGGUUGAGGGUUUCGUGGCUUAGGGGGUUGUUGGGGUGCAUGAACCUUGGGUACUACAUAACAUACUCUGGGGGUUCGGGUGUGUUGAGAGUGUGGGACAUAGAGCACCCUGUGGGUCAAUUGCGUGUGCGUGUUGCGGUUAGAGCAGGAGAUGGAAACAGCAUGGUGGGUAAUCAAAGACAUGUGGCCAUCUCUUGGAAUGACACUUCCAUACUCUUAUUGGAUUUUGGUGUACAGGAGGAUUAG